AGACCUGUAGUUAUUGUGGUGGCUCUUACUGAACGUUACCAGCUCUGUCUCAAACAGCCUGUUCAAUACGCGAAGGUUUCGCAGCCCCAACAUCUCCAUCUAUAAUCAUUUCCAUGACGUCCACGAUACAUCUCCAUUGUCGGCCCAUGAGCAACAUUCUAUGUCUGCGAUGGCGACAUCAAAGCGUGCGAGGGCGUGUGAUGCUUGUCAUGCAAUCAAGAUCAAAUGUGAACUAGGGUCUAGUGGUGGUCAGCCGCCCUGCGAGAGAUGUAUACGGCUCCGGAAGGACUGCAUUAUAACGCCACCAAAACGCCAGAAAGACCGCGUUGCCGAGCUCGAAGCUCAAGUGCAGGCUCUUACGCGACUACUCGAAGCACAAGGUCUUUCUUCAACGUCACCAGAUGAUGAUGAAGGCUCAGGAAGCGAAGAGGCCGCGCCGCAAAGUGGACCCUCAAGCGCGUCGUCGAAGAAGCGAAGACGUGACGGCAACGAUCUUGACACCGCCACCGAAGACUUGUCCUCGCUUAGUCGCGCUUCGUUUGACAACACUACAGCCGCUGAUUUGGACCGCAUCGUACCGCCCCAUGUCCAAGCUCGGAUCCUGCGGAAGUACAGGCAGGACAUGGUGCCACAGCUCCCCCUCGUGCCAUUGAGCGACGAUGAUACCUUAGACAAGCUACGAUCGGAGAGGCCUCUGCUACUCCAAGCUAUCACUUUCGCAGCAUGCCCGGGCGUCUUGUCUGCAGAGGACCAGAAUAAGGUCGCUCUCCUCCUGCUCAGCGAUGACACUAAGGCCAAGAUCGAGGCAAGCGAGAAGUCUCUCGAGCUUGUUCAAGCCCUGCAAAUAUCGACUAUCUGGUAUUGGGUACCAAAACACCACAAGCACAUUGCGGCAUACGAAGUGGUUGAGGUCAUAGGUGAGGCCGCCAUCACCCUAGGCUUGUCGGGUCCGAAUUGCGCUCCUCAGCCCGGGUCUCAUACGAAGGAUGAAGAUAUACGCAGUAUCGAUGCUUGGAGGGCAUGGGUUGCCUGCUACAUGCUCUGGGCCAACGUCACGUUCUAUCUGCGUCGACCCAACUCAAUGCCUUGGUCAAAGUACCAUGACGACUGCCUUGCCCUUCUGGAGUACUCGCCACUCAAUGCCAUGGGUGACCGACUACUUUGUCAGCAUGUUAGAGGAGAGCGCCUGUGCGACACGAUUGCAGCCGAGCUACAAUUCUACGAUAUGACCUCAUUUCGUGAUGUCUCCGAGAGUAGCACACAACUAGCAAUGAGGAAUUUGCAAAAUAAGAUCACUGACUGGCAAGCCCAAAUACCAACGUUUUUGCGUGGCCCAGCACUCACUUUCUGGCACCGUGUGGCCACAAUGUAUCUCCACGAGCCAGUACUACACACCCCCACGAACAAACCCUCGUUUACGGCGCCCUUCGUUGCCGAGCGGCUUUCCGUCACAGACUUUCCAGCACCGAACAUCUGCUCUCAGCAUAUCACUUCCACGCAUGCGCUAGCUGCGGCCUGCCAUGGUCUCCUAGACACCUUCUGUUCGCUCGACACCAACACGCAUGUAACCUCGCCUGGCUUGAUGUACACUGGCCGAAUACUCUACGCAACCUACGUACUGAUGAAACUUUAUAUCGCCGCGACUGCUCCAGGCAACACUUAUGGAGCUGUUAUCAGCCCUGCAGACAUACAAGUCGAGCACUAUCUUUCUAAGUUAAUUGCCGUUGCCAGUAUGCUGAGGCAGGCAGACAGUAGAGCCGCACCAGCCGUCAUGCUAGCAUCAAUGGCUAGACUCUAUGAGUGGCUGAGCAAUUACAACGUCACGAUUUAUGGUGAUGCUACAAACCCAGAUCAGACAAGCGAUGCAAAUGGAGCGGCACCUGCACUUGACGGCUUCACCGACUUCGAUUGGGACGAUCCCAUACUGAAGGGCAUGGCGGCUGAUGCAAGCUAUGAAGCCCUGUUCAGUACUGAGACGGUUCCUGCGUGGCUGCAGCCGCCUAGCUUCACGGGGUCUACUACAUGAAAAACAUGGUCUACUCCCACAUGUUAUCACUUAUUGGCGGAGUGCGUCCUUUCAGUUCUGUGCCGUGCAGGCUCACUCAAGCACUCACGGCGUGUCUGCAUGUGACUAAUCUCGUAGCCGGAACUCGAUCACAAGUUCCUCGACUACUCACAAGCUCUGUGGUCAUAGCAGCAGUCUCCCGCGUACAAGCUUGGCCGACGAACAGCAGGAGUUGUGCCUGUAAUUCUCUGGCGCCGGCCACAUGAAGUGCGUUCGCGGUGACAGCGGCGAUCUCACUUCAGAGCGUCAAGCGAAACGCUCGCGAGCUCAAACGAACUUUGAUAGAUCGCCUGCAGGUUUAGGCGGGCGUGUGUUACACGAUCUGU